GUGAAAUUGACAUUGUACAUGUCGUGAAACCCGCCAUUCCGAUUUGUAUUCUUCAAUCCAUACGGUAGAUUUCAAGGAAAAACACCUAAAUUCUUGUGGAAGUGGAUUGACUGAAACUGACCCACAAUGUCAGACAAAAAACUAAUUCGAAUAGCCGUUGUCAGCAACGACAAAUGCAAACCCAAAAGAUGUCGCCAGGAAUGCAAGAAGUCAUGUCCAGUUGUAAGAAUGGGUAAACUCUGCAUUGAGGUAGUGCCUUCUGAUAAAAUUGCAUUCAUAUCUGAACCACUGUGUAUAGGAUGUGGUAUCUGUGUUAAGAAAUGUCCGUUUGAGGCUAUUACCAUCAUUAACCUACCUAGUAAUCUUGAAAAGGACACCACACAUCGAUACAGCGCAAACUCCUUCAAGUUACACAGGUUACCGAUACCGAGACCUGGUGAGGUGUUGGGUUUGGUUGGAACCAAUGGAAUCGGCAAAUCAACAGCUCUGAAGAUCCUGGCUGGAAAACUGAAGCCCAACCUGGGCCUCUUUGAUGGUGCACCUGACUGGCAGAAAAUCCUGAUCUACUUCCGAGGCUCCGAGCUUCAGAACUACUUCACCAAAAUCUUAGAGGACAAUCUUAAAGCCAUCAUUAAGCCUCAGUAUGUCGAUCAAAUUCCCAAGGCAGUCAAGGGUACUGUUCAGUCACUACUAGACAAAAAAGAUGAGACAGAGACUCAGGAGCACAUCUGUCAACAACUUGAUUUGAUGAAAGUAAGGAAUCGAAAUGUGGAAGAUCUAUCUGGUGGAGAGCUGCAGCGUUUUGCUUGUGCUGUUGUAUGUAUACAGAGGGCUGAUAUUUACAUGUUUGACGAGCCGUCUAGUUACCUUGACGUCAAGCAACGUAUCAAAGCUGCUUCUACGAUCCGAUCAUUGCUCCACCUGGACAAGUACAUCAUCGUGGUAGAACACGAUUUGAGUGUACUGGACUACCUCUCUGAUUUCAUCUGUUGUCUGUAUGGAAUGCCUGGUGUCUAUGGUGUCGUCACUAUGCCCUUUGGUGUCAGGGAAGGUAUUAAUAUAUUCCUGGAUGGCUUCGUUCCGACUGAGAAUUUGCGCUUCCGAGAAUCUUCUCUCGUCUUCAAAGUAUCGGAAACGGCAGAUGACGAAGAGGUCAAGAGGAUGUGUCGCUACAAAUACCCCAAGAUGUCUAAGACGUUAGGUGACUUCCAUCUUGACAUCGAUCCUGGAGAGUUUACUGAUUCGGAAAUCUUGGUCAUGCUCGGGGAGAAUGGAACAGGCAAGACGACGUUUAUCCGUAUGCUGGCUGGGAGACUGCGACCAGACGAUGGUUCAGAGGAUGUACCACAGCUUAACAUCAGUUACAAACCACAGAAGAUCAGUCCUAAAGCUCAUGGGACUGUAAGACAACUUCUUCAUGAUAAGAUCCGAGAUGCUUACGUGCAUCCACAGUUCAUCGCUGACGUCAUGAAACCACUUCAGAUUGAGAGCAUCUUUGAUCAAGAGGUUUGCAACCUGUCUGGUGGAGAGUUGCAGCGAGUUGCCCUGACGCUUUGUCUCGGUAAACCAGCCGAUGUUUACCUUAUUGACGAGCCCUCUGCUUACUUGGACUCCGAGCAGCGUCUUAUAGCCGCUAAGGUCAUCAAGAGGUUUAUCCUUCAUGCCAAGAAGACUGGAUUUGUCGUUGAGCACGAUUUCAUCAUGGCUACCUACCUUGCUGAUCGUGUCAUUGUCUUUGAUGGUCUGCCUUCUAUUAAGACAAGAGCUAAUUCUCCUCAAUCUCUCCUGCACGGAAUGAACUGCUUCUUAAAGGCUCUUCAGAUCACGUUCAGGCGUGAUCCCAACAACUUCAGGCCUCGCAUCAAUAAGAUGAACUCAGUCAAAGACACAGACCAGAAGAGGAGUGGUCAGUACUUCUUCUUGGAAGACUAGGUCAAAGGUCAAAGGGCCAAAAAGUCAGAGGAAUUUGACAAAACUAAAAAUGGAUGCGUAUAAAGCUCUACAAAGCAACCUUAUGAAGGAGUGUGUAGAUAAAUAGUGACUUGGUGUCUCCACUUGGAAAAUAAAGGAAGGUGUCGACUAAUAAAAUUGAUUAUUAUGAAUACCAGCUUUUGGCGCUGACACCCAGUUCAGACAGGCGCUCUAAAUUUCGCCGAGCCAAAUGUUUGAAUUUGAAUUAAGUUCAUGAACAGUUUGACAUCUGCUGAAACAGAGGCUCAGAAAGGCAAAAGAUUAGCUGUUGCAGUAGUUCGGUAUGACUCUGGAGCGUCUUGGUUUUAGACGUCAUCUUGUCAUGAGCCUCACCUAUGUUAAGUUUGCCUGUCCGAAACCAAAAUUUUAUUUGGUCGACCAUGAGUUGCUCCUUAUGUAUUUGGUUUGGUGCAACUCUGGAGUGCUUGUCUGAAUCGGGUGUUUUUUCCCUCUCUAUUUACUGAAUUGUUUUGACAUAAACAACCUUUCUCGAGCAACAAGCACACAUUCUUACACAGAAGAAAGCUUGUGUUCAAAUGUCAAAUUUGCAAACUCUGUUAUUACCUGGAAGAUUUAAUUUUAGAGGAUGAUAUGUAAUAGAAAAUGUCUGAUUUAUUGAUUUUCCCUUCAUUUAAUCCAAAAGUCAUAUAAAUCAGUAUAAGAACAAUUUCAAGUUCUUGGUCUUUGUUUCCUCAGUUUGUUCUGUGAAUCAAAGCACUUUUUUAAUAUUCAACUACGGCCCUCUGUAGGUGUUUUGCAUUUCAGAUCUUUCUACUCCAUGUUGAAGAAGUUGCAAUAUAGCAACCUGAUUGUACUUUACCAUCAUUAGAAAUAUCUGAUCUUUCUCUUUCCUACAAACAAAAGUGAGCUUGGGUAUAGAGGUCAACAUUGCAAUUUCUGUUUAAUAAAUGGCAUUUGUGCUCUGGCUAGUGUUUUUGUGUGUGCUAUCUUGGUUGAAUAAAGUCUACAUUAGGGCUCAAGCAGGGUAGGGUACAAUUGAUUUAAAGCCGGCUUUAGGUUGACUGCAAUUUUCUUGAGCCCGCAACAAACCGUCGGCAACGCACAGACAAAAUAUACUCAGGUCACGACAACUGAGAAAUCGUGCGCCUGCGAUUGGUUCCCGACCGUUGGGAUCACGCCGUACAAGUUUAAAUUGUUCUAUUCUUGUGUCUGUUAAAUUUUUCGAGAGGCGACUGUUUCAGAUUGUCAUAAAAUUAUCGCAGUUACGCUAAGGUUGUAAAUAAUAGCCGACUGAAAGGUUCCCAAUGGUGUGAUCCUGAAAAGUCAGUCGCCGACUGUUUUUUUGUUGACGCAAGGUCGACCUGAUGUUGGCUUUAGUCACCAUUGGGUCUGACAGGUUGAUAUGAAGUUAUAAUAAGAUCACAUUCCCCCACCCCCUCCCAACAGUUAAGUGAUAUUGUUUUAAAUGGGGGAAAAGUAGUUGCAACAAAUGUCAGAAGGCAAUUUUUUAUUAUAAAAAAAACAAUACAUGUACAUGAAGCCUGUUUUUGUCUUAUCAAAAAUGUUAACACCUAAUUUGAUGACAUUUUGACAGGUUUCAUGUGUAUUUUGCCUCUGUAGUUUACUUUUGUUUAAAGGCAGUGGACACUUGGUAAUUACUCAAAAUAAUUAUUAGCAUAAAACCCUUCUUGGU